CGUAACUACGGCGGCCAGGAGACACGGGUCACGUGCAUCCCAAGGAAUGACGACAGUGCCUCCAGCGACUGUGGAUCCUUGAAAAGAGACAACAAUUACGAUGGUCUAGACGAGCCAAACAAAGAGGAUUCACCACUGGUGAGGAACGGUGGUGACGCCCUCGUGGACGGAGUUAUAGCAUCGCGGAGGUCCGCCACGGAUGACCUCAAUCUCUGGACUAACCCUGAUGACGUCAACCACGUGAUAUCAGAGGAUGACAGACAACUUUCCGAGCUGCUCGACCGGAGGCGAAAAGCCUUUUCCAGAGAGGAAGAAACGUUACUGCAUGGGAAAAUUGAAGAGAUUAGAAAGGUUCGGAAGAAAGUUCAGGACAGGUGGAAAAGGGUCCUGAGUGAAUUAGGCUUUGUUGACGAGCAGAACAAACUUGUUGCCGUUAGCUCCGUCACAAGAACCGCCUCUCCCAACACGUCGGUGAGGGCGUACAACCUCCACGACAAGCUGGUGAGAGAAACGUCCAUCUUCGGCGAUGCUCCCACACAGCGACAUCGAUAUGCGGUGAUACUGGACCGUCUUUUAGAUCUGGACAUAGCCGACGAUUUCUUCGAAGCAGCCCACGAACUCUACCCGAAGAGGGCCGAAAAACCGAAUCGACACCACAAGAGGGCGCCCCACAAGAAGCAGUCGGGGGAUGGUCCUGGUGAGAACGGCGACGAAAUCAACGGACAGAUUCCAGCAUCGCCAGGGCCAGUGAUCACAGCCAAUGGCCACAAGACACCAACCAUGGAGCAGCGAGCUGCUACGCCAAUAACGACUGAGUUGGUGGUAGCUGAAGUACACGAAGAACCAAAGUAGUCCCUGGGUAGAAGACGGGAACUCCCGACACCUAACGUCACAAUGCCAAAAUCUGGAAAGUGGACAAGGUAGCAAGAACAGUUUUUUUGAGAGGUCGGACUGUUUUCUUUAGGGAGAAAGGUUAGCUCCCUGUUUUUGCAAAACAGUAAGAACAGUUUCUCUAACUUCUACAACGGUUUUUGUGUUAAUUAGCAUCUUGCCAGAAUUUCAGUGACAAAAAAUCUCCCAAGGAGUCAGAUUCAUGAUUCGAGUCGAUCAUUUUUAAGAAAUACAUCUGUUGAAUGAAAAUGUCAACGACACCCAGCGCCAAAGAGGUCUGAGAAGGCAAAUGUUCGUGCCAAAGUUUUGUACCGGUUUCACGUUUCUUGAAUCCCCGAAUCAAAGCUCAAAAUUCAAAACGGCUGCGCCAGACUCUGCCAACGUUGUUAACGUCGAAGAGAAGAGCACUUGUGAUCUUGGGCACUGCAGAGGGUUGUGUAAGGGGACGCUUUCCCAAAAUAAAAUUUGAAAAACAAAAAAGCCAAAAAUUGGAAUAAGCGAAAAAAAUGAAGAAAAAGACCCCCCUGCACACUUUUAAUUGUUUUAUCAUUUCGUGGCUGAUGAGGGCUUUGCCCACCUAGAAAUUCUUCCCCGAAAAAAGGGUCCUUUCCCAGGGGCAAAACCUAGUGAAGUCCAGGUUGUCAGAAGCAUUUUUAGUGUUGCAUAGUUAUGAAAAGCUUCUUUUCGUUUUUCCUGAUUGCAAUUUAUUUUAUCUAGACCGGUACAACUUCUACUUUUAACAGCAAGGGCGAGAAUCGAAUUCUUAAGUUCUGAAAUAAGACUCUUACAAAGUGAUAUUCUCACAAAUUUAAAAAUAGGCCUACAGAUAGCCAAUCAGUAUAAGUAGAUCACAACUAACGGAUCCAAUUUUUAGCUGUGUGCUAGGCGAGUAAUGUGGGAGCCUAACAGGUUUUGAUUUCCUGUGAAAAAAUCAUUGAGGUGGUCCGUUCGAUUUUUUUUUACACUCUCAGUAAAAUAUCAAAGGUAAAGUUCUUUUUUUGUAAAACCCUACUUUAUUAUGACUGGAAAUUUUGUCGACAAAUCUGGAUUGUAAUAUUAAGAAUUUGCAACAGUCUGUCACUGAAAGAUGACGUUGCGGCAAAAUAAGACACCGAGAGACGAAGAAAUCUUUGCUGUGUUAUUC